AUGCCUGAGGGUGGCUUCCGCCUACAAUUACUUGACGAACUCGACCGCCCUGUGUUGGACCUGACGCCGCAUGUCAAUGAGUCGGAAUUCGUGCGCACUGAUGUUACUGCCCAGUCGUUUCAGGUUAGCAUACCCAAAGAUUUUGAAUGCCAUAACUGCACACUGCGCCUACUCCGCCAGGCUGACGAGUGGUCGGCUGGCUAUCGCUUUUGGUCGUGCGCCGAUGUUGACGUAAAGAAUCGUAAAGACUUCCGCGAGGCCUGUUCAGGCAAUGGAAAAUAUUUCCCAUCGCGUUGCAAGUGUGAGAAGAAUUACUAUGGGCCGAAUUGCCAGUACAGAGACGAAUGUUCCACCAAUCAAGACUGUGGCAGUCAAGGCAAAUGUAUCGACCUAGCGGGCACAUCACUGCCACGUAAACAGUGUUAUUGUAAUUUCGGCUGGUAUGGCAUUGGUUGCAACAAGAAAUCACCUUACCGGACCACCGAGUUGGAAAUGACUGCCUAUUCGAUGAAACAAUUAUCGCCUGAUUUUCGUCUCUACUGGCGUUUGCUGGAGGAGCUUAAAGAAAUUGAAGUGGUGCUCAAAGUAAAUGGCACAUCUUGGGUAGGUUUGGGUUGGCGACCGAAUUCGCUAAACGCGGAGUGUAAAAAUUUCCCGCUCAUACGUGAUAUCGGUGAUUUGAAGACUACUCUAACGCAAAAUGAACCAGUUGCCGUACCUGAGCCACAGCCAGAACCGGAACCAAGUGCCGAACCAGAACCAAAACCCGAGCCAGAGCCCACAGCAGAGCCUGAACCCAAAUCGGAGCCAGAGCCCCAACCAGAGCCAGAGCCAAAGUCGGAACCAGAACCAAAGCCAGAGCCUGAACCCACUGCUGAACCAGAAACCAUACCAGAACCUGAGCCGAGUUCUGAACCCACGCCCGAACCGCCAGCAUCAACAAAGUCCAAACGCGUUGCUAAGCAUGAAGAUGAUAUAUUGCAAAAUAUGGAGGGUGUUACCUCAGUAGCUACUAGCGUUUCAUACCGCGUGAGCUCCUCAGCAGGACGUAGGAGACGUCAAGCACCAGAAACGAUCAAUGAUAAUUAUCCUGAACCAACGCCUGCACCUGAACCGCGGGCAGAACCUGAACCCGUCGCUGAACCGGAACCAAAAUCAGAGCCGGAGCCAAAAUCUGAACCGGAGCCGAAAUCAGAGCCGGAACCAAAACCUGAACCAGAACCAAAGUCAGAGCCCGAGCCAAAAUCUGUGCCAGAGCCAAAACCAGAACCCGAACCAAAAUCAGAACCUGAACCAAAGUCUGAGCCGGAGCCAAAGGCUGAGCCAGAGCCAAAGCCUGAACCAGAACCAUCCCCGGAACCAGAACCUUCUUCUGUGCCGGAACCGUCUUCCGAACCGGAGCCUGCACCUGAACCAACUGCGGAGCCAGAACCGAAAGCGGUGCCAGAGCCUUCGGCCGAACCACAGCCACACGCUAAAAAUCAGCUUAAUUCCAAGCAAGCUAUUACCAAGAGUGAACCGAAGUUAAGACUGAACCCCUACACGCCCAAAUUCGACUUCAAUCCCAUGGAUUGCACUGAUAUAGUUAUAGGUUCGGCGCGUGGUAUGGCCAGUCGUGUUGGCGACUAUUAUACGCGCGAUCGUUCGACGCCACGAAGAGAUGAAUUUUACGGUGGUAAAUCGGAUCUCUCGCUCGGUACGGGCUUUGAAGAGAAUGGUACUACCACUAUCAUAUUCCGCAAGAAGCUUGUGGCUACUGAACCUACCGACCACACACUGGACGACACGUUGACGCAUGUGAUCUGGGCGAAGGGUCAGGAGCCCGGACAAUAUGUGCACAUACCAGCUUCUGGAAUCGAAACGGAAACGGCAUCGGUGAAGGAUUUCUAUCAACCGGACGAGUUGAAAUAUCAUGGACACAGAAUGCAACGUGGCGUUACACAACUGAAUUUCUUUGAGAAGGAAAAGACUGCCGCAGCAGAUGGCGUAACGGACGCUUCUACAAAUUUGCUAGACAACGAUUGCCUGGGCCAUUGGAAAUUCCCCAGCGAUUGUUCGCCUGAAAAUCACACUUGCGAAUACUACGCUCGUUGGGAGACUGUGGGUCGCGGCGAUGUAAUGCGUUGGUACAUCGAGACGUCCAAUACACAAACCUGGACUGGCAUUGGUUUCAGCGGUGAUGAGAAGAUGUCGCAAACAGAUGCCAUUAUCGGUUGGGUAGAUCGCAAUGGACGUCCUUUCCUAAUGGAUACAUGGAUUAAUGGUUACGGCGCGCCGAAAUUAGAUGUGCGGCAGGACAUAAUCGGCACACCUACAGGCCGCAUCGAGCAUGGUGUGACGAUUUUGGAAUUCGAUCGCAAGCGCGUUAGCAAUGAUGAGCAGGACUUAUCAUUCACCGAUGAUCAUUGUCUUUAUCUGUUCUUUCCUGUAUUGGGUGGCGCAUUCCAUGCUGUCAACAAGAAAAUGGCCAAGCACGAACGCACGCCAACCAUUUCUGCAACGCGCGUGUGCAUUAAAUCCUGCGGCAAGGAACUGGAAAGCGUUUUUAAUACCGCAACGCCAGCGCCAAAUCGACUUGUGUAUGCUGUUGGUGUAAAACUCAUGAAUCUGGCUGAGUCGUUUGAAGCACCACAACCGGGUACCGUGGAGUUCAACAACUUGGCCGCCACCAUCUCAGACUCCUUCAAUGGCAUUCUCAACAAUAUUCCUGGUUACUAUAAGACGGAAAUAGUGGGCUUUGAAAAACAAGGCACAACAAUGGUGGCUAAAUUGCAAGCCAUGUUCGAUAAAGCCGACUAUGAGAAGGGCAAUGCGUUGGCAACCAAUACAGUAGGUGCGGAUAACAGCGAAUCGGCAAAGAAUGGUGAUAUUGUAAAGGCAGCCUUGCAAGAUAAAAUUGCCACAGGCAAAGUGGGCUCACUGACGGUGGAUCCACAAUUCUUAGACUUCGAGGCAUUGGAAUAUAAAACAGCCAAUAAGGAUGACGAAACCUUACUUUCGUUCUUCGAACUCUCCGAAGUACGAUUGUACAUAGUGCUGGGCUUGAUAGCCGCUUUGGUAUUCAUUGCAUUGGUGCAAGCGAUCUGCACCAUCUGCAAGACAUCACGUAAAAAUAAAACACAAAAGGACAAACUCAUACAAAAUUCGCCUUGGAAAGAAUUCGCUUCGAACACCAACUACGCAUUCGACCCAUAUGGCGAAACUGAAGAGAAAAACAUUACCGCAUCCUCGAGUGUCGUCGCCACGGGCAAAGAUAAAUUACGUAGUCGCUCUUCAAAUACGAACAGCCAACAAACCACGCUGCCCAUGUCCCAUUCACCCACCAGCAAAUCUCAACUCUACUACGAAGGCUCUAACGGUCAUAGUGGCGGCAGUGGUCAUCACUCGCGCAGCCGCAAUCGGUAUGAUAACGGUACGCAUGAUUAUCGCAGCAAUGGACGAGUGCAGCGUAGCACCGGAAACAUUGCAGUUACAGCCACUGAGAAUGGCGGGGGACAUUAUGAUCGCUAUGAGCGCGAUCGCAGCAAUGAUCGCAGCGCCGGUCCCUAUACGCGUAGCUCUUAUGCUGAACGCGCCUACUCGUUGCCUCGUCAGCAGGCGCAACAACAACACCAUUCCAAUAUGCAGCCCUCUGGCUAUUACACGCAAGAGCGACGCGGCCAUCGUUCCAGCACAGCAGCAGCAGGAGGCGCGCCUGCGCGCGAAGAACGCAAUAGUCGACAUUAUCGCGAUGGUUCGCGUUCACGAGAAGAUCCACGUAUGAGCGCUAGCGGUGGCGCCGAUACGCCGGAUUUCUAUUUUAUGCCGUCACAGCGCAAGUACUCGGGUGAAGUGGUGCGAGUGUACGUUGACUAUAAUAAGGAUCCGAAUCAUUGAAGAGUAGCGCAAUGAGGUUUGGUGGACGAUGGUACUGGAAAAGAGUGGGUUGUGGAAAUGUUGAGAAGAAAUACGGGAUGUGUCAAUAUUGUGUGCACAUACAGAAAAAUUGAAAUCGCACAACGGGUGUUUGGAAAAGGCAUGGAAAAUAUACAUACAUAGUAGGUAUGUAUGUAUGUACAUAGAAAUUAAAAUGACAAAAUGCGUAGACGUUUAUAAAUGUGGAAAAUGUCUUAAGCGAAUCCAAUCAUCUUCUGUUGCUGCAUUAAUCGUUAUUUGUGCGCGUGUGUACGAUCUUACUUUCGUACUGCAUUGAGCGUUAAGGUCGUUGCGUAAGGGGUAUACUAGCAGCUCAAAAAAUACCUCAGCGAGUUAUUUAUGAAAAAUAAAUAUAAAAAUACAUAAAUACAUAUAUUAAAUAGUAUGCAGUAAAGUACAACACAAUGAAGCAAAUAGAGCUCCACACCAAACUUUUAAAUCAUUCAGACUGUAUAUGUAGAGUAGGGUGAAUCACUAUCCAUAAAAAAAAAAAA